UUCUUACGUAUCACGUACCUCUUACGUCCGGUCCCCCAGCAUGCAGCGCGGCAGCGUGAGAAUCAUGGCGGCUUAGUGAGAGCGGAGUAACAACGUAAGAAGUGACCAGGGCGCCGGAAUAGAGAGAUGGCUGGGGAGCUGACUGACAAACGUGAUCGGGAUGGGUCUCCAUCAAAGGAUCGCAAGCGCUCCAGGUCUCGGUCUGGUGAGCGAGACCGUGACCGAAAAUCUUCUCCAUCAAAGGACAGGAAGAGACAUCGUUCUAGGGAAAGGAGGCGAUCUCGCAGCCGUUCCCGUUCUCGAUCUAAAUCUAAUGAUAGGGAUAGAAGGCAAAAAGAUAGGAAGAAAGAUGGAGGUCGAGAGAAGGAUACCCACCGCCGUGACAAAGACAAAAAACGAUCCAGAAGUCCCUCACCCAGCCGCACCAAAGACCAAAAGGUGAAAAAAGACAUAAAAAAGGAAACGGAGGAAGAUGCACAAGAAAAGAAAACUAAGGCGCAGCCCCUUUCUCUGGAAGAGCUGUUGGCUAAGAAGAAAAAAGAGGAGGAGGCAGAGUCUAAGCCAAAAUUCCUGUCCAAAGCGGAACGGGAGGCUGAAGCCAUCAAACGCAGGCAACUGGAGGUGGAAGAUCGACAAAAGCUAAUAGAAGAAGAAAGGAAGAAAAGAAAGCAGUUUCAGGAUCUUGGAAGGAGGAUGAUGGAGGAUCCUCAGGAAAGGGAGAGACGAGAGCGGAGAGAGAGAAUGGACCGGGAAAAUAAUGGCAAUGAAGAGGAUGAGGGAAGGCUGAAAGUCAGAGAAGAGAAGGAUAAGACCAAGGAACUUCAGGCUAUAAAGGAACGUUACCUUGGAGGUAUAAAAAAGAGAAGACGCACUCGGCAUUUGAAUGACAGAAAGUUUGUGUUUGAAUGGGAUGCAUCAGAGGACACGUCUAUUGAUUACAACCCUCUGUAUAAAGAGCGACAUCAUGUUCAGCUUCUUGGCCGUGGCUUUAUUGCAGGUAUAGAUCUUAAACAACAGAAGCGUGAACAGUCCCGCUUUUAUGGUGACCUUAUGGAAAAGAGGAGGACUUUGGAGGAGAAGGAACAAGAGGAGGUGCGGCUGCGUAAGGUGAGGAAGAAGGAAGCUAAGCAGCGGUGGGAUGAUAGACACUGGUCUCAGAAGAAGCUUGAUGAAAUGACCGACAGAGACUGGCGUAUCUUCAGAGAGGAUUACAGCAUCACCACCAAGGGUGGCAAAAUCCCCAACCCCAUCCGCUCCUGGAUUGAUUCCUCCUUACCACCACAUAUUCUGGAGGUUAUUGACAAGUGUGGCUACAAGGAGCCCACCCCUAUUCAGAGACAAGCCAUUCCUAUCGGUCUACAGAAUCGUGACAUCAUUGGUGUGGCUGAGACUGGCAGUGGUAAAACUGCUGCCUUCCUCAUUCCGCUCUUGGUCUGGAUCACAACUCUACCCAAGAUUGACAGGAUUGAGGAGUCUGAUCAGGGACCUUAUGCAAUUAUUCUGGCUCCAACCAGAGAAUUGGCUCAGCAGAUUGAGGAGGAAACAAUCAAGUUUGGAAAGCCUUUGGGUAUUCGAACUGUAGCUGUCAUUGGUGGUAUUUCUCGUGAGGACCAGGGAUUCCGCUUGCGAAUGGGCUGUGAGAUUGUGAUUGCCACUCCUGGACGUCUGAUCGAUGUGCUAGAAAACCGCUACCUAGUCCUGAGUCGAUGCACAUACGUGGUACUGGAUGAAGCUGACCGUAUGAUUGACAUGGGUUUUGAACCAGACGUCCAAAAGAUUUUAGAACACGUGCCAGUCACCAAUCAGAAGCCUGACACAGAUGAGGCAGAAGACCCAGAGAAAAUGAUUGCCAACUUUGAGUCUGGAAAGCACAAAUAUAGACAAACUGUCAUGUUUACGGCGACCAUGCCUCCGGCUGUGGAGAGGCUGGCCAGGAGCUAUCUUCGUCGUCCAGCAGUAGUGUACAUUGGCUCUGCUGGUAAGCCUCAUGAGAGAGUUGAACAGAAGGUGUUCCUCAUGUCUGAAGGAGAGAAGAGGAAGAAACUGCUUGCAAUCCUGGAGAAAGGCUUUGAUCCACCAAUUAUUAUCUUUGUCAACCAGAAGAAAGGUUGUGAUGUACUGGCCAAGUCCCUUGAGAAGAUGGGGUACAAUGCUUGUACACUACACGGUGGUAAAGGGCAGGAGCAGAGAGAGUUUGCCUUGUCUAAUCUUAAGGCUGGAGCUAAAGAUAUACUGGUAGCUACAGAUGUGGCUGGUCGAGGUAUCGAUAUUCAUGAUGUCUCUAUGGUUGUGAACUAUGAUAUGGCUAAAAAUAUUGAAGACUAUAUCCAUCGUAUUGGUAGAACUGGCAGAGCUGGGAAGAGUGGUGUUGCCAUCACGUUCCUCACCAGAGAAGACUCAUCUGUGUUCUAUGAUCUUAAACAAGCCAUUCUCGAGAGUCCGGUUUCAGCUUGUCCACCUGAGCUGGCCAACCAUCCAGAUGCACAGCAUAAGCCUGGUACCAUCCUCACAAAGAAGAGAAGGGAAGAGACUAUCUUUGCUUGAGUUGUGCCUGGGUGCAUAAAAAAACUGAUCUCUGGCACUUCUUCCAGAUUUUUAUAUGAUAUGAGCCGGACAUUAGAAACUUAAGGAGUAUUGGCACCAGUAACUGCUUUAUUUGUGAAGAGAUCACAAGUGCUUCUCUUGAUAAAACACAGUGGGACAGAUUUAGGCUACUCAGUGAGAUCCAUCAUAGGAUCUAAAUACCUGAGGGGAAAACUCUUGAGUUUUUGUCCCCAUUCAUUGUCGAUGGGGACAAAACUGAACGGAACAGAAUGCGUUCUGUUUGGUUGCGUUCCCAUCACGGACAGAAAAACGCUGAAAGACAGUGUAUUGCUGUUCACUUCAUACAUAGGUCAGGAUAACUUAAUCAGAUCCAAUGGGUUCCAAAUGAUGAGAGACCUAUUUAUAUUUGCACUUCAGAUGGAUCUGGCAUGAAAAACAAAGUCGAUUAUGCCGGAUCUGUUUUAUCAGACACAAAAGAAAACUCAUCUGGUGCCCAUUGACUUACAAUGGUUUUAGUGACUGAUCUGUUAUGGCUAUCUUAGAGAUAAUACAACUGUAUCUGUUCAUAACGGAUGCAGAUGGUUGUAUUAUCAUGACUGAAGUGUUUUUGCUGAUCUCUGACGGAUCCAGCAAAAACGCACAUGUGGAAGUAGCCUUACUAAUAGUAUAGCAUUUUACACUGUCUAGGAAUACGAAUCUCAGUCUUAAUAUUAGACAGAUUUACUAUUCUGGCACAAAGACCUUUACAAAUUUGGGAUAUCUUAAAUUCUAAACCAGAUUCACGCCAGAAUUGGCGCCAAAAAGUUGUCUAGUCUAAAGUUAUACCACCUGUAAGUUGCCAUAGUUUUACUCCACAUUUUGGUGCACGGAGGCACAUUUAGGCCAUGUCCCUUUCCUGCGGAGCCAUGAACUCUUUUUGCAAAGCCACGCUCCUUUGUCGAUCGCAGAGUAAAAAGCUUAGAAAAAUGUGUAAAACAGUUGGGAAAUGUGGUGCAAAGUAUGCACUCCAGUUUUUUUUUUUUUUUUUGGUGCAAAAUGCUCCUAAAAACUGGUGCAUUUUUAAUAGUUAAACGUCCCCAACGAAUGUGAAAACAAAUAUAAGUAAUCCAAGGCACUCAAACUACUGCUCUCAAUAUCCAUUCUGUUUUGCUAAUCUGGAUUUUAGCUAAAAUUUAAUUUGUCUGCAAGUGAUUUUUGGCUUUGAGUGAUGUAACGUUUAAUAUGUGCCUCUGUGGGAGAGGGGCAGGCUCAGCUGUCACCCGUCCCAUUUACUAUAAUUUUUUUUCCUGUAACUGGCAUAAAUUAUACACUUGAAAUGUAUGCCAGCUUACAGUCACAUUUGAAUGCCUUGCUGGUCCAAAUACAGUCUUUUAUUUAGAAGAACAUUUUUUCUUGUAUGUUAAGAUCCAGGCUCAUUUGGGCUUUGUUCAGGAGCAGUGAAGACCUAGAUAGAAAAAAGUGCACUGAAGUAAGAUGUAAUCAAUUUUGGACAUCUUCUGUGUGCCAGCUAUAAGAUGGUAUGGAUUUAAUUUAUAUCUUACACAAGAAGUUGGCGUAAAUUAUAGUAAACUAGCAGGCCAUCCCUCCACUAAACUUCACCCCCUUUAUUGCUACCUUAGAAAAUUGGCAUGAAGCUCAAGAAGUUACAAUAUUGGGUGUGUCAUAAUUUGCAAUUUUAUAUUUUUUUUAAGACCACAUAAUGACCUGAAAUCUUUCAUAAAUCUGCCCCACUGUUCCAAAAGUUUUUACUUUCUUUUAAAAUAAUCCUAAAAGCAGUAAGAUCUUGUCUUGAGGGGUUUAUAUUGGAUUGUGAGGUGUUGUAUUCGUAUAUGAAUACUGGUUGGGAAGUGCAGUGCAGAUAGUGGGUUCUUACUCCAUAUUCUCUUGCAUUCCUUUUGAUGUUAGAACAUGGAAUCUCUGUAUUCUUUGUUUCCAUAAUUACAAAAUCCGGAGCCCCUUGUCUCCUUCGAGCACUGGACCACCUUUUGGACAGAGUGCUGAUAUCACAUCCCUGCUGUCUCCUCAAUAUGUUUUUCUUUUUGUAACUAAAACACAUAACUGUAUGGUAACUUCUUUGAUUUUGUAAAUACGUGUGUUGGAAGUGUAUAUUUGAUACUUUCCAUAGGCUGCAGCUCUGUGGAUCUGAAUAAAUCCUCUACUUGGA